CCGAUACAUACGAUACGCCUUAUCGCGUCGGAUCAAAUCUGAUCGUGAUAAGCCGUUUCCCCGCGGCCAACUCCGCGGCCAGUUGAGCAUACUAUAUUAAUGGGGAAGAAGAAAGGCUUUCCUCUGUAAUAGUUCCUCAAUUGACUCACUCUGAAUCUAGGAAGAAAAGACAGUCAACAAUGGCUCCUAACAACAUCGUGGUUCUGGGCGCCGGUGUCUCUGGCCUUACCACUGCCUAUCUUUUGUCCAAAGAUGCCUCCAACAGUAUCACGGUGGUCUCGAAGCAUAUGCCCGGCGAUUAUGAUAUCGAAUACUGUUCGCCUUGGGCUGGUGCUAAUUACUUUCCAUUCGGUAAAGGUGGAACCUCUGCUGCAAAAUGGGAGAAAGCUACCUGGCCAGUUCUGAAAGAAAUCACGGAGAACCAUCCAGAAGCUGGAAUUCAUUUUCGGGACGCCCUCGUGUACAACCGCAAAAAAGACCAAAGCGCCAGUCUAUUCGCCUCGGAACUAGCACGCAAAGAUCCCUGGUUCAAAGAUGUCGUUCCCAACUUCCGAGAACUCCCCUCAAGCGAGCUCUCCCCCGAAAUAGACAACGCCUCCCGCUUCACCUCCGUCUGCAUAAACACCACAAUCUACCUCCCCUGGCUCGUGGGCCAAUGCCGCAAAAACGGCGUGAUUUUCAAACGCGCCUCCAUCAAGCACAUCGCCUCCGCCGCAACCCUCCACCACAGCGGCCAAAAAGCUGGCCUCGUGGUGAACUGCACGGGUCUCUCCUCCAAGAAACUAGGCGGUGUCCUCGAUGACAAACUCUACCCAAUCCGCGGACAAAUCGUUGUCGUUCGCAACGACCCGGGUCCCAUGCUUGCUACCUCUGGUACGGACGAUGGUGAAGAUGAGGUCCUCUACAUUAUGACCCGUGCUGCUGGCGGUGGUACGAUUCUGGGUGGCUCGUAUCAGAAGAAUCAGUGGGACCCAUUACCGGAUCCGAACCUUGCGGUUAGGAUUAUGAAGCGCGCUAUUGCUGCUCAUCCGGGGCUUGUGAAGGAGGGUGAGGGAAUUGAGGGUUUGGAUAUUGUUAGACAUGGGGUUGGAUUGAGGCCUUAUAGGGAGGGGGGUCCGAGGAUUGAGAGGGAGCGCGUGGAGGGUGUUGAUGUUGUGCAUAAUUAUGGACAUGGUGGGUUUGGGUAUCAGGCUUCGUUUGGGUGUGCGGGUAGUGCUGUGAAGUUGGUUAAUGAGGUUUUGGGGACGGGUAGGGCGAAGCUGUAA